AAUCUCGUUUGCAAGACGAGGAAUCUGCUUCGAAUUGCCAUAUUCAAUAUCAGUUAUAUCAGAGGACUAUUUCCUGAGAAGUAUUUCAAUGAUAAGUCUGUUCCUGCUUUAGAGAUGAAGAUAAAAAAACUAAUGCCAUUGGAUGCCGAGUCUCGUAGACUAAUUGAUUGGAUGGAGAAAGGGGUGUACGAUGCCUUACAGAAGAAAUAUCUGAAGACGCUUCUGUUCUGUGUGUGCGAAGCAGUAGACGGACCAAUGAUUGAGGAAUAUGCAUUUUCCUUCUGCUAUUCCGACUCUGACAACCAAGAGGUUUCAAUGAAUAUCAGCCGAACUGGAAACAAAAAAAGCCGGGGGGCCUUCAAGUGUAAUUCGACUACAGAAAUUACUCCCCAGCAGAUGAGGAGUUCUGCGUGUAAAAUGAUCCGUACUCUGGUUCAGUUGAUGAGAACUCUGGAGAAAAUGCCAGAAGAGCGUACCAUUCUGAUGAAACUCCUAUACUACGAUGAUGUGACGCCUGCUGAUUAUGAGCCUCCUUUCUUCCGGGGCUGCACAGGUGAAGAAGCUUAUCAUCCAUGGGAGAAAAAUCCUUUGAAAAUGGAGGUUGGGAAUGUAAACAGCAAGCACUUCGUAUUAGCUCUGAAGGUGAAGAGUGUACUCGAUCCUUGUGAGGAUGAUAACGAGGGAAUCCCGGACGAUGUGAGCAAUGGCGAUGAUUCAAUGCAACAGAAUGAGUAUUAUGAUACUGACAGUGAGGUUGAUCUUACUCAAGGGAAUCGAUAUGUAGUUGCUCCAAUAGAUAAACAGCAAGAACAGGAAGACAAUAGCAUGAUUGAUGAAGACAAUACACAGGAUCCGGUGGAAGAUGAGCAACAGCGGGUCCGGAUCAAGGAGUGGAUCAACUGUUGUCACCGUGACACCAUUGAACUUACUGAUGUUCUAUCGAAUUUUCCCGACAUCUCCGUGGUUCUAACUGAAGAGAUCAUGGAUAAGUUUGUUGAGGAAGGUGUGCUGUUGAAGAUAGGGAAGGAAUCCUACGCCAUUAACAAGGACAAGAACCUUCAAUAUGAGUUCACCAUUGUGAAAGAAGAAAUCGACGGCCAACUUCCUAAAGUCUUUGACAAAGCUUUGCAAGUUGAAGAUCGCUUAUACAUGAAAGCUCUCUAUCAUGCUCUUCCGAUGACGCACGUGUCAAUCAGUAAGAUUCAAAGUUUGCUUGAGGGAGAAGUAAACCAGACGGCAGCUCGAAAGAUAAUUGAUAAAAUGGUGCGGGAUGGGUUUGUGGAACCCAAAGGCAGCAAAAGAUUAGGGAAACGUGUAAUCCAUUCUGAGUUGACUGAAAGGAAAUUCAUUGAAGUCCAGAAAGCUCUAAGUACUACGGAAGAUAUGGAUGUUGAUCACUGUGAACCAAAUAGCAAGUCCAAAUUAACUGGUUUUCGUUUAAAUGGAAACAACCAUGACGUUUCUACAUGUGGGGUUCUUCACUCCAUUGGAUCAGAUCUAACCCGAAUGAAAGUGACAUCUGAGACAAACACUGACUCCGGGAAUGGACAGAAUACAACAAAGGCAAAAGAGCCCGGAAACACCCCCAUAAGCAGGCCUGUUAUUUCAAGAGAGAGUUUCGCGAUAGGUAAAGAAAAUGGAAGAACAAACGGAAUUGCAAAUCAAGGGGACGAAGGCGAUACAAUUAUAUGCAGUAAGUCUUCCCAAGAGAAACGGUCAAGGAAAACUAGCGCGGUGAAGGAGCCUAUCCAUCAAAAUAUAAAGCGACAGAGAUCUGAGGUCUUGUGAACCUCAAUCUGGACCCCUCAGUAUUUGUGGAUAAUACAGUUACAGAAACAAACUUGUACACGCCUUCAGCACUAUCAUGUAUGGCGUAUAAAAUAAAUAUUUGGUAGUAGCAGUUGAUGCAAUGACUUCAUAGCCCACUGUUUUUCAUUAUUUGCUCACGUCAAAUACUACUCUAUUCAAGUAAUGAUAUGUAAAUUACUUUUAAAUACAGAUACUUAAUUCAUAUUCUUUAUCUUCU